AUAUUUCUAUUGAACUCGUGUCAUGUAGUGCCUUGUUUAAUCAAGUAAUUGUUCCUCAAAUAUUUACUCAAAAUGAAUCAACACCCCAAGGACGUGUACUUGUUUUGCUGCUUAUGUCACACAUUUUGGCAGAACCAAGUAGAUCUUAUCCAAGUAAUAAAAGUUGGGGGGGGGGGGGUGAUAUUGAAAGGAUCUCGAUAUAAAGAACUUGAAUUUGUCGUCAUUCACUCAGUCUUAGUGGAUCUCAGGACAGACUGCAUCAUGAAGUUGGCCAUCGUUCUGUGUGCUGUUGUGGCACUCUCUGAGUGCCUGGUCAGGGUCCCCCUGAUUAAGCAUAAGACCACCAGGGAGAUCAUGGAGGAGAAAGGCCAGUGGGAGGAGUUCAGGCAGAGGUACCCCUACAACCCCCUGACCAAGUUUGACAGUAAUUUGUUCGGAGCGCAGCAGAUGACUAACGAUGCUGAUCUUGCUUACUAUGGAGUCAUUUCCAUUGGCACGCCACCUCAGUCCUUCACAGUGGUCUUUGACACUGGCUCUGCCAACCUCUGGGUUCCCUCCACCUUUUGCAGCAGCCCUGCGUGUGGAAACCACAACAAGUUUGAUAUCUACAAGUCCUCUACUUAUGUCAGUACUGGAAAGGGCCUCUCCAUCCAGUAUGGAACUGGCAGCAUGCAGGGCUCUUUGGGAUCGGACACUGUUGAGGUCGGAGGACUCAAGGUGGUCAACCAAAUGUUCGGAAUUAGCCAGUCCGAGGCUUCCUUUAUGUACUAUAUGAAAGCUGAUGGUAUCUUGGGUCUGGCUUAUGCCAGCAUUGCAGUGGAAGGGGUCAUGCCAGUCUUCAACAACAUGGUGAAAGAGGGUUUGAUUGAGAAUGACUACUUCUCCGUUUACCUGAGCAGGUACAAAUUGUUUGGUUCAUCUCAAUUCUCUCUAGAAACCUUAUCAACACUAUUAUUAAAGUCAAAUCUGUUUUUCUACAGGAGCCCCGACACUGGCAGUGAAGUGGUCUUUGGUGGAUAUGACCCUGACCAUUACAAUGGUGAUCUUAGAUGGAUUCCUUUGUCCUCUGCAAAUUACUGGCAGAUCAAAAUGGACAGCAUUACUGUCAAUGGCAAGGUUGUUGCUUGCAAUGGUGGCUGCCAGGCAAUUGUGGACACUGGAACCUCCUUGAUUGUUGGACCUCAAGUCGACAUUCUCAACAGUGCAGUGGGAACUCCUUAUGGUCAGGUAAACUGCAAUUCCAUUGCAAGCCUGCCUGAUGUGACUUUCAACAUCAAUGGAAAUUCCUUUUCUAUCCCCUCUUCUGCCUAUGUCCGCAAGGUAUGAACAUCUCUGUAUUUCUCUGUAUUUGACAAGAAAAGGGUGGAUGGUCAGCUGUAAAUGACAUGCUCCCAGUGUAAUUUCAUCCAAACAAUAGU